AUGGCAUCUCUGCUAACUUAUCUCUUUAUCUUUUCCGUUUUCUAUACUGCAUCUUCUCAAGAUCUUCUCCUUGAUUCUUUAUCUCUAAAAUAUUCAGAUAUUUCUGACCUUGAUCCUUUAUCCCUUGACCUUGAUAUUCCAGCAUGUCCAUCCUAUACCUGCAAAAGAAAAGAUCAAUCUUUUACUAAAAAAACCUGCAUUUUUUACAGUGCAGAUGAUGAUACUUUUUACGUCGACAAAUGCGCUGAUAAGACUUUUUCUCUAUGCAACCCAACCCAAUCACUUGUAAAUUCUACAUGCACAAUCCCGCAGAGGACAGUUAUCCCAUUAAGCUGGCCAGGAGAAAAAUGCCAUAACGCGUCAGACUGUACCACAGGGUGCAUUGCCUGCAAAAUGGGAUUUUGUAUUGCCCAGCCUGAAGGAUCUGGUUGUACCUCCUCUAUGGAAUGCAAUGCAGGGCUUUUUUGUUCAAUCCCAACUGGAGGCACUGGAGCUUGUGCACCCCAAAUACCAGUAGGUGGGGUAGGUUGUACAAGUGAUUAUGAUUGUGUAAAUGGAGCUGGCUGCAAUAUAACGACACCUAAUAGUGCUUCAGCUACUAAUGUCUGUAUACAAUAUUAUACGUUAAAACCUCACGAAAUUGUGUCUUCCUGUGUAUCAAAUUCAAAUUUGUUAUGCUCCUCUGGGAUAUGCAAAACUCAGUCUGGAAUCAGCUAUUGCAGCAAUUCAUUGGCAUCAGAAAACUCAAAUAUACCGAAUACUUGUCAGCGUGGAUCUGUGUGCUCGUCAAUUGCUGAUAAUUUUUUUACGACUCCUUUUGCGCUGACUGGACCUUGCCAAUGUGGGCUAAACUCUAAUGGGACUGCUUAUUGCCCAAUUUUCCCUGGGGAUGCUCCGUAUUUGGAAUUUAUAAACCAGUCGAAAAAAGGGUAUAAUAGCACUGAUAUAGCAAAAUGCCAUACGCUGAGGAGGUAUACUUAUCAGUGUAGAGAGCAGCAUUGGGAUAAGAAAAACUAUGACAAGUUGCAGUAUUAUUUCACUUAUGUAAAUCAUUACCCAGUAGUCCAGGAGUCUCCAGAAUGCGUUGUGAAAAUGUAUCAAAGUGAUUAUUAUCAAGCCAAAUUAGAAUAUAAUGAUGAAUUUGGCAGUGCUACUGCUAUAGGAGUUUCUAUUGUAUUAGCACUAAUUGCUGGAUAA